GCCUAGUCCCUCAGUCGAUGGCGAGGGACUGGAGCGAUUAGUUGAGAUUUUGUUAUUGAGCAACUACACACUUUCCUGCGCAAGUUAGCUCUGGAAAUUCUAAAAGGAUUUAGACAAGAACAAACUUGAUCCGAAUACUGCGUAAAAAAGGUAUGAUUCAGUACGUGCCAUAUACUUAAUGGUGUCAUUGAGAGCCGAAAUGUUAUUAGCAUAUAUGGGGCAUCUCAUGUUAUGUCACAUUCAUUCUCCGCUGAAAUUUCAAGAAAUUGUAUUCGUGUCAUAAGCAGAGGUUUCAAUUGAAAUGGAAGUAAAUUUAGCAUGUAAGAGGGCAAUUUCGGAAGGAGUUAUCUGUCUGAAAGCGGUUUUUGUACCUACUCAAUCACACUUCUGUGCGAAUUGUUCAAGCUGCUAGUAUCAUUCGAUAACUCAACACAAACUUCAUGGGUCAGCUUUAUUACGCAAGAUUCUUUUUCAAAUGUGUGACCCUAUGAACGCUUUGAUAGAAUAUGGAGAAUUCUGUGAAGAGAUCUGAAAGGAAGAAUCAAUGAAACACAAACUGUUGGGCAGAAUUUGCACAAACCCUCAAGUUAUUCAAACAGCAAUAAUAGUACAUCCUGGUACAUCAUGGUCCUAGAGGUAAUAGGGAAAACCCAGCCAAGGGAACAUGAAAGGUUGUUUGCCUGUCAGAAAAACACAUUUGUUUGUAAGAAAUGAUAUGUUAUGGUAAUUAAACUGAGCAGAGUGCAAUUUGUGAUUUCAAAGUCGAACAAGCGCUCAGUGCAAGUUUGAUUUAAAACCACAAGUAUGGUUCAGACUAAACUUGUGCAACACAAAGUCUAAUUACCACUUUAUUACAUCUAUUUUGAAAUUGCAAAAUUGAGUCAUUCAAAUACAGGUUUUUGUAAUCUGUACAAAUAUUCAAAUGAUCAAGUAUUUAGCUGGUUUGUAAAAAGUUGCAAAAGUGUAAUUUGAUUGGUCGCUUAAAACAAGCCUUGAAAUCUGAUUGGCUGUUGUUUUUUUAGUAAAGCUCUCUCAUUGGCUGGGAAAAAUAUUCGAUGGAGAGUAUGAAAUGUUUUGAUUUGUGAUCAAAUUGCACAAAUGAGAGCCAAAUCAGAUUGCAGGAUCAACAGUGCUUUCAAAAUGGAUAUAAUAAAUUACUUAGAGGUAAUUCCAAAAUGCAUUGUCUUCUUUACAUUUAGGGGGUUUUAACCUGUAUAUUGUACAUAAAUCUAUUAGCAAAUAGAUAUCAUGUUGUUGUGGGUCUGUUCAGUAUUAGAUCACAAAAUGAUUCAACAUGUCAAAAGGUGGCAAGAACAACAAAAACUAACAUGAGGCACAGCAACGAUUUUUGUGAUGAUCUAUGUAUCUGAUGAUAAAGCGAAUCUAAGUCCCUUUGGUGAAAUAGAACUGUAGAUAGAUAGUAAGAUGAUUUUUAUUUAAUAAAUCAAUUAAUUCAUCGGUGUUUGUCCUCAUUAAAUCUUUCCAGGGCUGUGUGAAUAUGUUAUGAGCCACUAUUAGCCUAAGAGUGAGAAAAUCAUGUCACAACAGGCGAGUGAAAGGGAAUCAAAGCCUGAAAAACUUAUUGAUACUAUCAGGCAUAAAAUAGAGAAAAAUGAACAGUUCUUUUCCUUGGAGUUUUAUCCACCAAAGACCUUCAAUGGAGCAACCAACCUCAUGGCAAUACUUGGAAGAUUACAUGAACAGUGUACUCCUCUCUUUUGUGACAUCACUUGGAAACCAUCUCAAGACCCUAUGUCAGACAAGUGUCAGUCAGAGCCUAGCACACUGUUAGUUUCUGCGGCAAUGAUUGAUGUAUAUGGACAAAAUAUUAUGAUUCACAUCCCAUCAGGAAACACAACAAGAAGUCAGGUGUUGGAGCAUCUUAAUCGAGCUAAAAAUCUUGGUAUUAAAAGUGUUCUUGCAGUGAGAGGAGGUACUGCUUGAAUUUUAUGUGAGUCAUUUUAUGUUGGCCAGGGCUUCCUCUGGUAUCUGUAACAUGAUGUGACCAUACGUAUUACCAUAAGUAUUGCAAUAGACUGGCAUAAGAUGCCACUACCUCCUGAGGCUAGACCCCACUCCCCUAUAAUUUCAUCAGGCUUCCCUGACAAUUCCCUCAUUCCCAUUGAUACUCCUGGAUGGUGAUAGCCACUGUGAGAGUGAAGUGUCUUUGAUACAACACAAUGACCAGGCUGGGUCUUGGACCUGGAUCUCGAGAACCUGAACCCCAGUGAGCUAACUUUUGGUCAGCCAGUCUCAACAAGUGAUUAACAUGUUAAUUCUCCUGAUAACAUCCAUACAUGAUCCAGCAUACAGGUAAUGAGAAUACUCAAACUUAUUAGGUAGAAGUUGUAAUCUUGAUCUAACACCAAAUUCUCAUAACUUAUUUGCAAGGAAAUGUUUAGCAGCUGGAGGGGAGAAUUAACAAUCAGAUCUUGGUGUUAAAAGGGUUAACAGCUGAGUAACCACCAUUAAUUGAUUACUCUAGGGAGAUUCAGUAACAGUGCAGAUUUAUUGAGUUACUGAUCAAAACUUGAGAAAACUUUCACCUUUUGUCUAGCAGAUGAAAGCUAUGGUAAAGACAUGACACCAAAAGAAGAUGGAUUCGACUACACUGUGGACCUGGUUAAAUUUAUCAAAAGUGAAUUUGGAGACCACUUCACAAUAGGAGUGGUAGGUAUGUAAAACCUUAGUGGGUAUUCUUCUCUUCUUCUUUGACAAUUGUAUUCAAAUUGCUAUGUUUAUACAUGAGUUAGUAUCUUCAAUCUGCAGGUAUGAGACUCCUGAGUAGUGAGUAAGAAUUGGCACUCUUGGCGUUAGCCAGGAUUAUACACACCUUAUCCGAAAGUUUUACUUAUAAUACUAGCAAGUAUUUUGCGAGCUGUGCAGUAUUUUUCUUUGCUCUGAAGGGGAGAAGAAAAAUAUGAGCAAUGAGAACAAACUAUUUGCUCGUAACUUAUGUUAAAUCAUUGCAUGAGGGAUUUGGUUUUACGUGGGAUGCCUGUCGCAGACCACGCUAAAAAAUGGGAUUGAGUAUCAGCGUUGUGAGAUUUGGAAAUUAGCCACCUGCUUGUUAGCCACGUGCAUGUGCCUCUCAUUGAAGUUGAGGCCUAUUGGCUGGAGUUAAAACUCUGAUGGUUGACCGCGCAUCAUACCCCGUGUCAAUGACUUUUUUUGUCUUUUUUUUUUUUUUCGGUUUCAUUCCUGUUCCUCGAAGAAAAUUAGUUAUUUUUCGCGUUAAACCCGGGUGACUGUACAUAACGACCAACGCAUCUCUCGUUAACGCCAUCGAAUAUGGCCUGCGUAGAAAACAAAGCUAAAGCCAUUGAAGUGUUUUUAUGGCUAACCAAAAAAAAAUCUGAUGCGCUUAAAAGUUUGUUGCGUAACCCUUUAAGCCCCGAUAUUGACAUGUAUAUUCUCGUCACUGUUCCCCAUAUGUUUCUUAUUUUACUGAUCGAGAGAAUUUGUUCAAACAUCAAGACAUUUCAUUUUUGGUAAUCAUUUCAUUCAUUCUCAUGAUCCGUACAUUUGACCGGGCUGUGAUAUUGUUAAGAGAAAUUAGAUGCUGGUCACCAUUGGGGCUGCCCGGGUCUCUUGAAGACAUGCGCACUGUUUUCAGAGGCAUGCAGCUAUCCAGGUGCCCUAAGAUGGUAUUUUUCGAGCCUACCAACCACUUCAUCGACAUCAGUUUCCUGUAUCAUAUCAUCCCAGUUUUCCUUCGCCAACGCGAUAUACAGAUCACGCUUUCUAUGAGCCCUUUGGUCACGCACGUAUACUUUUACGGCGGAUAGGUGGAAGCUUUAUACCGGGUGGUAAAAUAACUCCCAUGUGAUCCGUCUUGGAGAGCAUGUGAAAGGGAUAGCACUUGAAAAGAGAUCCGUGCGGUUCGUGAAACAGUUGUCCAAACAAGAAUUCCCCUGGUGGGGAAAUUAACCAGAGCAUUCCAACCAGACAUUUCUUCAAGCGUUUGAUAUCCAGUUUGUUGACAUCGCCACCGCACAACACACAACUGUUUGUGGAUGUUUGUCUAGUAUAUUAUCCACGGUAUUUACAAGAUGAUUCAUUAGAUCGAUCUCUGCAUAAUUAAAUUUUGGGGGAUGAUAAAUUCCACAUAUUACAAAUCGAUGUCCCUUGGGAAGUCGCAGAGUUAUACAAAUUAAUUCAUAAAGACUAGAGCGGUAAACAUCCCUACUGCAAGAUUGUUCCUGAUGUAUAUAGCAAUCCCACCCUUAUUGCGCAUAUCUCUGCCAUAUUCCAAUUUCUGUCUCUACGAAAGAUGGAAUAGUUCUCAAUAUUUACAAUCGCAUCCGGUUGUGCCGGUUUGAGGUGUGUUUCCGAUACGACACAAACAUCAAUAUCUUUAGAUCGCAAGUCAGCCUCAAGUCCAACCGCCGCACGCACUUUGUUCUUAGUUUUGCGAGACUGCAAAUAUUGAUGAACAUACACUUGGGAACGGCAAACCCGAGCAAUCGGUAGAUGAUUUAGUAGGCUCUCGAGGAAUAGCUGUAAGAUAUCUGUUCUUAGCGGGAUCUUGGAAGCGAUAAGGUCUAGCAAACCGCCGGGUUUAACAACUUCAAUGGGUCGACAUCUGUCGGAGUGUUGCGAUGCAGAGAUAUUUUUAGUAAUUUUCCCCAAUCUUCGUAAUCCCGGACCUCUGUAUUUCAGAAUUCCCAGGGAUUUAAGGGUAUCGAAAACAUGAGGCGCAGGUCGGCCCGCCGAACGUCUCAGCGAAAGUAGCCUGUCACGAUUGUGAGAGCAAUGGAUUCUGACUGACCCAAUUGUAGGUUGACAAGCAGAGUCCGAGGAGUUGGAGCUCUGUUUUCGUUUACCGUGGUCAUUAUCCACUUCUUCAGGUCCAGGAUGUGGAUGGACAUCCAUAUUAACAGUAAUGUCGAGCACAACAAACUUCUCAGGGGCGGCCAGGAAGACCAUGCCUCGACUGUCCCAUUUCACCAUAGCCCUUCUUACCCGGAGAUUUCGAGACCGUGAUGCGCUUAAAAUUUUGUUGCGUAACCCUUCAAGCCCCGAUAUUGACAUGUAUAUUCUUGUCACUGUUCCCAUAUUUUACUGAUCGAGAGAAUUUGUUCAAACAUCAAGAAUUUCAUCUUUGGUAAUCAUUUCAUUCAUUCUCAUGAUCCGUACAUUUGACCAGGCUGUGAUAUUGUUAAUGGAAAUUAGAUGAUGGUCACUACUGGGGCUUAAAGGGUUGAAAAGUGAAGCUUAAAAAAAUGGAAUAAAACCAAAGUUUAGAUCGUUCAGUGCGGCCAUUUUGUCCUCCACUCUUCCCCCGUAUUUUUGCCCUGUUCUUCAGUGUAAUACUGUGGCAUAUUUUGCGCCUUCUGUCGCCUUAAUAUGGUAAAAAAAAUUAACAGUGGAAACAUUAUGUGAUUUAUAUUCUCAUGUUCUAGGUUAUUUGAUGGCCUCCUCUGACGUUCACAGUUAUGAAGAAGACUUAAAACAUCUUAAAGCCGAGGUUGAUGCCGGUGCAGACCUUAUCAUUACACAAAUGUUCUUUGAAGUUAAAACUUUCCUUAAGUUUGUUGACGAUUGCCAGAGAUAUGGAAUUAAUGUUCCCAUUAUACCAGCCCUUUUUCCAAUACAGGUUUGUAAUAAGUUGUAUUGUUAGAUCACCGUUACGGCCCCGCGCGCGCUUUUAUUGAAAGGCUUUAGACGAAAAAUCCCCGUGCGAGAGCCGCAUGCAAUGGCACGUGCAGGGUCCGAGAAACCUGUCCAGCCUCGCAAGAUGCGAAAUGAAAAAAAAAGAGUGAAGGUUAUACUAUAGAAUGCAUAUCGACUAAGUUGGGUCGGGCCGAAUGGGAAAAUAUUUGGCUCUCGGUCAUGACUAAGCUACGCUCGGUCCGUCCGUCAUGACCUCGAUCCAAAUUUGUUGUCCUCAGGCCCUCCUACUCAGGCAAGUAGUUAGUUUUCAAUAAAUCAGUGUCAAGUUUCGAUUUCCACAUUUUCAAAUCAAUGCAUGGUUAGCCUGUGAGCAGGCCCGCAUAAAUAGUGUUAAGGCACCAGCUCCAGGCGCAAGAACGUUUGAAGCCUCGGUCAGAGCGAGCUGGAGAGGUUCAACUUUGCGAAGGGUCUGGCACUAAUAAUGAGCUAGACCCCGUGCAGACCUCGAAAGACGCACUUCUUACGAGGCCUAUGUAUGACACAACUUUUAGAGUUAUCUUUUUGGUAUUCGACAGAACUUUAACUCAUUGCGGCAACUGAAACGGCAAUCCCGCGUAGAGAUACCACAGUGGCUGUUGGACAAACUGGCUCCAAUGAAAGAUGACACCACUGCUGUCAUGAGUUACGGCAUCAAAUACUCCACAGAAAUGUGUAAACAGCUGUUUGAAAGCGGCCACGUCCAUGGUGUACAUUUCUAUACGUUGAACAGGGAGACCUCCAUCACAGAAAUUCUAGAAAAGAUUGGAAUGUCGCACAAGGAGGACGAACUGGAUUCCGCUUCUAUGCGGAGACUGCCUUGGAUGCCGAGCCCCGCCCAAGCAAGGAGGGGCCAAAUGGAGCUAGUGCGUCCGAUUUUUUGGACCUCAAGACCUCGCAGUUACAUGAUCCGUACUUCAAACUGGGAUGAGUUCCCGAACGGGAGGUGGGGAGAUUCUAGCGCAGCGUCCUUUGGAGAAUUGAAGGAUUAUCAUUUGGUGCUGCUGGGUACAAACAAGAGUAAAGAGGAACUGUUGAACAUGUGGGGACGCGAGUUGAACAGCCCUGAGGACGUGUUUGAAGUGUUUGUGUGCUAUUUGAAUGGAAAUGAAAACAGGCAUGGGUACAAGGUGGGUAUUUCGUGAAAUUCAGCUGUUAACAUGAUAUGUUACUAUUAACUGGUCAAAGAACAACACCAUCUUUCACUUGAAUCACUUGGCUUAAAAAAUCUGCCACUUUUAUUUUUUCCUCAUUGUGCUUUUCAUCUUAUUUAUAUUCAAGUCCGAGCUCCGAGCAUUAUAGUCUCAUUCAUAGACGUUCUUUAGGAUGUAACAAAACGCUCCUUCUUUUAACUUGACAUCCCAAGAGUGGAAUCGGUGGAGACUUGCGGUGGAGACUUUAUGUAGGAUUCCAAGGUUCUUUGACUUUUAUCGGUUGCAGAGUAUCUUAGAUACUUGUUUGAAAGUUUCAGUUUGGACUUUGGGGUCAUUUUUUUUAGAUUACACUAAUAUCUCGCGGAAGGGGGGAGGAGUGCAAAAGCAUAAUUUAUCACUUUGUACUGACUUAGUUUUUCGCAAACAGGCAGAAAGACUGACAGACUGAGAGACAGUCGGAUGGAAAGACAAACCUACAGAUAGACGUAAAAACUGAUAGAGAGGAAGUUAGGCAGACAGACAGCACAGUCGCAAAGAAUCUGAAUUAGAGGGAGUCUGAGUGACAGACACUUAAGUGCUUGUUUUACUUUAAAUCUGAGAAUUGUAGAAAACUUUCCCUCGACGUGCAAACUUCUCUUAUUCCUUAUCCUUUCUGGCAGAGACACAGAUUAAGUAAGCUUCAUAUCCAUUUAACAAGCUUGCUGAUCAGGUUGAACAAAAAAAUAGAGACGCAGAAUGACAGACAUGCCCAAAGAAAUUUAGUUUAGAGACAGAAAUACCCAUUACGAUCUAUGAUAUAUGUGGCGUUAGUGAGUAUUGGGUAUUGCCUUCAUCUCGUCACUUAUAUCCUGAAUUUCGCUCUUCUUCUUCUUUCUUAUCAGGUAAAGGAACUACCAUGGAAUCAGGAUGAACUAGCAGCAGAAACAUUGCCUUUUGUCGAUAAACUCGCCCAUAUCAACAGACACGGAAUACUCACGAUCAACAGCCAGCCAAACGUGAAUGGUGCACCUUCCACAGACCCCGUGUCGGGAUGGGGGCGUCCGGGCGGAUACGUAUUUCAAAAGGUGAACUUUGCCUGAUUUGUUUUAGCCAAAUGAAUCAAGUCUAUCACGACCGAACUCAAUUGUCUUGUUACCAACAUUAAUGUGGGGGAGGGGGGGGAAAGGGGGGAAAUGGUUCAACAGUUUUGACAUGGAUUGUUGUUUUACUUUUAAACAAGCUUCUAAUUUCUCCUUACAAUAUCACCCUAGAAUCAAACAUAAAGGUCUUGAGAAUAAAGGAACUGAUCACCAAUUAAAGAAGCCCUUGAUUGUUACACAAAUUCUUCUUGUCAGCACCGUAUGAAAUGUAUGGAGAACAGAAUGGAGAAUGUGCAUACUGAUGUUAGGACGUGGAGGGUUUAAUGAAACCCGUGCGAAGGUUUUCUAAAUGGUAUAUGUAUUCAUGUUCCUACAGGCUUAUUUGGAGUUCUUUACCAGUGAAGAAAUAGCAAUGUGCCUUCAUGAAGUCCUUCAAGACUAUCCUACCGUUAAUUAUCACAUCGUGAACUUCUCGGUGAGUAAUUUUAAAUCUUUGUUUUGUUGUUGAGCAGUUUUAAACCAGAAUCCAAGUUAUCACGGCUACCAAUGAGAAGACGUGCAUCAUCAUUAACCAAUGAGAACCCAGAGUAAAAACAGGCAACCUGCUUAAAGCGCGGGAAAACCUGGGUGACCAAAUUAGGAUUGGUUUUAGUUUUGCAUUUGAUUGGUAGAGAUGGUGGUGCGAGUUUCCAUGACCAAUCGCAGAGCGAAGUAAAGCAAAUCCAAAGAAAUCCAGGGUCAGUUUCGAUACUUAAAUAAAAACUGCUUUUUUAGUCAACCUUUACAAUCUCCGAUGAAGGUUUUUUGCGUAGUAGUUUAGAGGUUCAGACGAGCUGCGCUCGGUGCUUAAACGCAAAUGGGAGAUACUAUCGAAGACGAACCGGUUAAAAAGAGAGUCAAGUUCCCCAAAACCCUUCCAGAAAUGUUUUUUCGUAUUUUUAUGAUUCAAAGAGAACGACUUUGUCGCGUGUCUAACGCCAGUAACUGUCACUGUCACGUAAUUUAAUCUCAGGGAAAGGAAGACGUGACAAAUGCGAAUGUGUACUCUUCCAAUGCUGUUACUUGGGGCGUGUUUCCAGGAUCAGAGAUUCUUCAACCGACUGUAGUGGAUCCUAUUGCUUUCCAGUUUUGGAAGGUAAGGGUUUGACGCUUAAGGUGUUAGAAACCUGGACGAAACGAGAAUACAUUUUAGCUUAUAAGAGUGCACCUAGAUCGAGUAGAACGCCUUCACAACGGCCAAUCAACAGAAAGGAAAAGACCCUGAAGAACCAAUGAGAACCCUGAGCGCGGGAAAACGCGGGCGACCAAAUCGUGAUUGGUUUAAGUUUUGCAUCUGAUUGGUUGAGAGAGUGGAGCGAGUUUUCUGGACCAAUCACAGAGAGAAAUAAGCAAACACAAAGCAAUCCCGCGUAACACUCAACAUUCGAAUGAAAAUUGCUUUAUCGUAAAGCUAAAAUCGAGGUUGGUGCGAUGGCAAAUCAGAAUUAAGGAAAAUGGCACAAGGAACCAAUGAGAUCUCAGCAAAGUGUACACGCGCAAAGUACCUUGAGGGCGGGAAAUCGCGUGAUUAGCGAAAGGAUUGGCUGAAGUUUUUCCAGACCUGUCGCAGAGCAGGUAAAGGCCGCUCUUGCACAUGCGUCUAUAGGGCAAGAUUAUUUUCACAAGAGUCCCUCUCUUUGUCAUGAUCUGUCAGUGUUCUUUAUCGCUUUAUUUUUUUACCAUUUUUAGGACGAGGCGUUUGCUCUCUGGAAGCAUCAGUGGGGACAUAUUUAUCCCGAUAAAUCUCGUUCACGUGGGAUAAUCGACACCAUUCAUGAUACUUAUUACCUUAUUAACCUGGUUGACAAUGAUUAUGUGGCUGGAAAUAUCUUAUUUGAUAUUCUGGACAUCGUGUUGAAAAAACUGGGCAAAAUAUGAUGUACUGCUGUACACUGGUGGGAUCGCAAAAUUAGUACGAUUUGUCGUUUUUGCCUUGUUCAAUAGCAAGAUGAGGUUGUUGGGAAGUUCUUUUUUUUCAUGAUUAUGAUGCAAUGACAUAUGAUCGACGUUUGACGCCAAAAUUUAUAAACCUCUUACUAACCGAGUUCGAGGUCUGUACUCUAAGUUACGGACCACGUCACACGCGGGUCAUAAAAUCCGAGCGGAAAG